AUGGUGAAGCCUUGUUGGAGACCUUCAGUCGAAGGUGACAGUGUUUGGAGGCGAGGAGGAAGUGAGUUAAACGGCCGAGUUGACGGGCUAUGGUGGUAUAAAGAUCUCGGUCGUCACACGAAUGGGGAAUUUUCGAUGGCUGUGAUUCAAGCCAAUGGGCUGAUGGAGGACCAAAGCCAACUCGAGUCGGGCCCGUUGAGUUCUCUCGACUCGGGUCCUUGCGGCACGUUUAUCGGGGUUUAUGAUGGCCAUGGUGGGCCCGAAACGUCUCGGUUUGUGAACGAAACCUUGUUCCAGAAUCUCAAAAAAUUUGCUACCGAGCAUCGAGAGAUAUCCACAAAUGUCAUAAAGAAGUCUUUCUUGGCAACCGAAGAGGAGUUUCUCUCUCUAGUUAGGCAUCAAUGGUCCGUAAAGCCUCAAAUUGCUUCGGUCGGAACAUGCUGCUUAGUAGGCGUGAUAUGUGACGGGCUGCUAUAUAUAGCCAAUGCCGGUGAUUCGCGAGUGGUCUUAGGCAGAACGGAUAAAGCCAUUAAAGGGGUGAGUGCUAUACAGCUGUCGGUCGAGCACAACGCGAAUAGCGAGUCGGUUAGGGACGAAUUACGGAGUUUGCAUCCCGACGAUUCGCAGAUUGUGGUCCUGAAGCACAAAGUUUGGCGCGUGAAAGGGAUUAUACAGGUCUCGAGAUGCAUUGGGGACGCAUAUCUCAAGAAAUCGGAGUUCAACCGAGCACCAUUGCUCGCCAAAUUCAGGCUACCCGAGCCCUUUAGCAAGCCCAUUCUAAGCCCCGAACCAUCUAUGCUCGUGCACAAGCUAAACCCGGACGAUCAAUUCCUCAUAUUUGCCUCGGAUGGCUUGUGGGAGCACCUAAGCAACCAAGAGGCUGUUGAUAUAGUUAACAGCUACCCUCGAAACGGAAUUGCUCGGAGGCUUGUGAAGGCUGCUCUUCUUGUUGCGGCUAAGAAGAGGGAAAUGCGGUAUUCGGAUCUCAAGAAAAUUGACCGAGGCGUGAGGAGGCAUUUUCACGACGAUAUAACGGUUGUGGUCGUUUUUAUAGACCAAGCUUCGUCGAUGAGGAGAAGCUCCUCUCAUGGCUCUAUUGUUUCUAUAAGGGGAUUUGGCAGUGGAGUUCCAUAA